CGGAGUUAACGGCGGUUGCGGUUCGCGGACGUUGUGCGGUUCCUCCCUUGUGGCGAGGCAGAGGGCGUGAGAACGGCUGGGCUACGCCGGUGGCCUAACAACCGGGCGGUAUUCAACCGGACGGCGACUGCCGCCUCCGGUUGCUACAGACGCGCCGAAAGCUGCCCCCGUUGCUAGGAGGCGGGGCUAAUUGAUGGACAGUUGCCAUAGUGGCCAGGCUCCUUCCUCCCUGUAUCUCCCUCUUGGUUCAUGGACUCCAAGCUGUUUUCCCUCUUUUGAUUGCUGCAGUUGAAAGAACUAUUUAAUUGCUGCAAUUGAAAGAACUAUUUAAUUGCUGCAAUUGAAAGAAAUAUUUAAUUGCUGCAAUUGAAAGAAAUAUUUAAUUGCUGCAAUUGAAAGAAAUAUUUAAUUGCUGCAAUUGAAAGAAAUAUUUAAUUGCUGCAAUUGAAAGAAAUAUUUAAUUGAUGUAACUGAAACAAAUUGCCUGUCUGGUCCUCAAGGGUCAAGACUGGCAAAGACCUCCAGGGAGGACCUCCCCCCCCCCAGGAGAACCUGUAUCAAACAUAGCAUUUCUCCAGUUGGGUGUGUGCAAUUUUUGCCUUGUGUCUUUAGUGCCGUGCACUGAAUCCUUUCUCAAUGAGUAGCCCAGGUCCCCUUCAGAUGGCAUCGGGGGAUGGAAACAAGGAAGCAGGGAGUCCCCCUGAUUUUCAUGGCACUCCCCGCAUCCGGUGGGGAUCCCUCUUGUCUGCAAUAAGAGAUCAGAUUCCUUCAAUGGACUCUGAUGCAUCCUUGGCUGAGAGCGAUGAAGAUGGAGAACUCUUUCUCUUCCAACGAGAUCAGUCCAACUUGAUUCCGGACCUGACCGAAGAAUUAGAAGAUCUUCCACUGGAAGAAUCAUACUUGCAGGAAAACUUUUCCUUCAUGAGACGUCCUCAGACUAUCUGGAAUGAAGAUCUGAGAAGUUCAGCUUUUCAGAAUGAAGGGAUCCCUCCGUCCGAAUCGAGGGGGGACCUCUUGCUUGACCUCAGAUCUCAAAAUGAAGAAGAGCCAAGCCAAGAUGCCAUUAGUUCUUUGGAAUUCUCCAUCAACGAGCAUCAGUUUGAUGAGGGUAUUUCAAGAGACAUGACCGGAAAAAUGUGGGAUCUUGAGAAAGAGAAGGACACUCCAGAUCCAUCACCUGGCAUGAUAACAGCCAAGGAAACACCACCUUUGUUGAUGUCAGAUAGUAGUCAGGAGGAGCGGAGAAAGCUCAUUGAAACCAAGAUCCUUUCCAAAGCACCGUUGAGACCUCUUUCUGACCUCGGUUAUCCAGAACCCCAAAAUAAAAACAACGUAGGAAGAAUGGCAGAGGUCAAAAAGGAGGAGGCAGUUAUUUCAGCUGAACAUCCCCAGGAACUGACACUCUUUCGCUUCAAGGAUAUUGAGAAAUGGGAUCUAGACAAUAUUCUGCAGAAGUUGGAGAAGCAAAAUAAGGCUACAAGCUGGCCAGGGGAAGCUGGAUCUCCUUCACUAAGCCAUGAACACUUCAGGGCUGUGACCCAAUCGAAGCUGAUGGCCAAACUAGAGGAAUUGUCUCGUAAGCAGUCGAAGGCAUUUCUCUCCCGCUGGCAGAGAUGCCCUCCCAAUCCCCCCGCCCACGACAAAAGCCAGGGAGAUGCGAGAGACACUCCUGGCCCAGCACCAAUAAAAAAUGAUUUGAGUCGGAUUCCAGCAGCGUUUUGUGUUCCAGAGCCCCCAACUGUAUAUAUUGAUUUAAGGGACUCCGUAUCUGAAAAGGUCGACUCUUUGACUGAUGAAACACAGAGCUUGAGUGACAGCUCCUCUGAUGACGAAGAAGAUAGAAAAGGGACAACCCAAAACAAAGAAGAAGGAAUGAUGGAUGAGUUGUCUUCGGCAUCACGGUAUAGCAAAAAUUGCACUGGGAAAUGUUUCCUCCUGCAACAGCUCCGAAGCGUUCGAAAAAGGAUGUCUCAGUCAUCGGCUACUGAACCGAACAGAAGGAGCCAAAAUCUCCAAAAACCCGACGGAACCAAUCUGCUGAAUGUCAGAGAAAGGCAGAGUUUGAAACACAGUGGCCAGUCCUUCAUGAUGGCAGAAAAAAUGGACUCCAGUACAAGGAGUCCCCUUCUCAUUGACAGCGCUAAGGGAGCAGCUAAGCCUUCUGGAGAAUUCCAGAAAGAAACCAAGGAAGAGAUUUGUUCAGAAUUGCCUCCAGAGGCUUCUGCAAAGAAAGAUGCCAAAGACCCAAGGAUGGUAGAGAAACAGCAGGAAGAGCACGUGAAGGAGGAAACCACGAGACGGUGGCUCCAGGAACAGCUGGAGAAAUCACAGCCACGACACUCCACCAAUGGGAAGCAGCCCAUGGCUGAACAAACCCCCAUCUUGUUCCAUACGGAGGCCUCAUACCUUGCGCCCGUCAGCAUAUUACCGAUCUGCCAAAGUAUUGAAGGCCACCUGCUGCUCCUGACCAUUGGUCUCUCCAGCUGUGGACAAGUCAUGUUUUGCAGACAACCGAGCCCCGUCUCUUCAGGAGCCCCUUCGACUGCUAUAGCCAACAUCUACCCCGCAGUCGUGACCUGGCUGUUGUCUCUGGUCUCCUGUCCGAGAGAAGGAGAAGACCACCGAGUUCCCUUCGAAGUCGUAGGGCUGCAACAGACGUGGGAGGAGGGUGCUCUGGCCCUGCGUGUUUGCAUCGUGCCAGCCAAUCCGUCGCCGACGCAGAGCAGCUCCAGCCUUGCAAAGCAGAGUGGAACAUCACUUUUCUACCAGCAGAUCUCCACGUUUCUCACGCAGACAUCUCUUUUGGAUGUUCUUUGGUGGAAGGCAGAGCUCUGUAGCCAUCUGCAAAGCCAAUUCUAUCCUUUCCUUCUGGAGAUUCCCGAUGUCCACCUCAGCUACUUUGCCAGUGUUAACUCAGAUUCUGCGGUGGCAGAGAAAAUCUUCGCAACACCCGCUGGAUUUUAUUGGCAGACAGUAGAGACCGAUGAAAAAUGUUUUCCCAAUGGCAGCAGCAUCAGGGAAAGCAACGAUGUGGGAACUGAAGUCGCCAUGACCCUGCUCUUUGAAACCCUGCUCCAAAACCCGGUGGCUGUCCAUCACUUGCUGCAGCUGAUUCUCGCUUCGGGCUUGGAUGUCUGCGGACUCCGCCUUCUGUAUCCCCAGCAGCAGAUGUUGCUGUCCAGCACAAUUACUCUGCCUUCUUGCUAUGCACGAGGGAACGCAUCCGCCACGCUUGCUUUGAGCCUGAGAGGAUCGAAUGCACGGAGCGUCCUUCAAGACAUCCUGGGCCCCACUGACCCACAGCUGGCCAGGGUGACCGACAGCUGCUCCAUCCACGCCCUCUACUGCUCAAGCAGAGCUGAGCCUUUGGCCUACUCCCCUCGCACAGAGAGCCGGGUGCACAGAGAGCUGUGCUUUUGGUUUGGCGGGAGAGCGCCCUGUGCGAAGACGCUUUGCGGAGGAGAUGGGAAUCCUGCCUGUCAGCGUAACAAACCAAGAUCCUCCUUCCCAAAAGCCGAUGGUGAUCAAGAAAAGACAGGCUUGCAAGACGUGGCGGCCCGUCGGCUUCCAGCAACCCUGGUGUCCACCACAAAAGGAGACCUCAUUCUCUUGGCAUCCCCCGCUGUGCCUCCUCAUAGCUACGGCCUGGUGAUUUCUACCUGCACCGAAAGAGGUUUUGUUCUGCAAGGAAUCAAGCAGCUGCAACUGUCACCCCCCCAGGCUGACAGACUCAGGAUGUCAGCAAGCCAGGCAACGGCGUUUUGUCCUUGCAAGCCUUCAGGUGUACGAGAAAGCAGAGGUUCAGAGGUUCACCUCCUCCCCCAAGCAUACCUGCAUUGUCUAGCUUUGCUGCUAAGAAAGGAAAACGCAAGCCUUCAUGCCCCAGCGUUGCAGAAAGGACUGAUGAACAGACUAACAGAAAAAGGCUUCCUGCAGGAGAUACAAUCCAAUCUGAAUUCCGGGGUCAAACCAGAUCCCAGCCGAUGUUUCCAUGUGGUUCCUUACACCGAAAGCUUCCUGCAGGAACUGGGUGGUAAUUUCAGCGCUGUGCCGAGUCCCUGCGAUAUUCCCAUGCACGUUGUAGCCAGACGGAGGUAUGCCACCGAUCCCGAUCUCGAGCAAGUUGUCCUGUUGAGUUUCACUGGCCAAGAUGCUCUGAAGAGUGCUGGUGAUCUUCUACAUCAGAUUCUCACAUCCGGCUCUGGGCAGCAGGAAGCUCCCUCUCUGGGAGAAGAUUCGGCCUUUGAGCUGCUCGGCCUCAAGUGGUUGCCUCAUCUGACUAGGAUUCAGGCAAAGGAACUCAGCCCGUUUGAAGUUGGAGAUAAAUCUUGGCAAGAGAGCGUCAAGCUGCUGACGUCCCGCCCUGCCCUCGUUUGUGCCUUGCGACGGACCGGAGCCUUUGUCGGUCUUUCCGAGAUUCUGAAAUCAACCAGCAAUAAACCUAGUGGGAGUAAUCUCCAGAGGCUGAUGUCGUUGACCCCAGAAAUGGCUUUCCGUCAAGCUGUUCUCUUUUUCACUGAGCAAGAGUUGAUAGGCGAUUUCAAGCGCCGUCCUGCUUUGAGAUUCUUGCCACCUGCACAAUACGUCCCGCCAACAGGGGGAGAUAUUCAAGGGAAUUAUGCCGACUCCCUCUUCCUCUGCAUGCAAGCAGGAGCUGAGAUCCUCUGCACCCUAUUGUUAAUCAAACCUGGCCUGUGGUCCCAGAACUUAGCUCGGUACCUCCGUAAAUUGGAUCGGGAGAAAUUCAGUUUAGUUGGCAUGAAACACACAAACCUCAGAUCGGAAGUGGUCCAGAUCUUAAUGCCAUCCAAGACUGAGCAGAGCCCUGCUGACCUGGAAGCUCACUCCAGCUACCUCACUUCAGGAUCCUCUCUGGUGCUGUGUCUUCAGAGAGAAAACGCAGUGAAGAAACUUCUGGAUUUACUAGGACCCGAAGAUCCCAAAGAAGCUCAGGCUAUUAACCAGUUCUUCUGGAGAGCUCUGCACGGACACAGUCCCAUCCAAAAUGGCUUUUACGGCUCCGCGUCUUAUUGUGCCGCUGUUCGUGACAUUCGGCUGUUUUUUCCAGAAGGAUUAUGUGGCGCCACGUAUUCAGAUUUAGAGGAGAAAGAGGUUGGCCCUGUUACAGCUGACAGUGCAGCCCAUUUUCUUGGGAUCCACAAGAAACGCAGGCUUGUCAAGAGAGAAAACAAACCACAGUUCAGUUUACUGGGCCCAAAGCAGACACAAACUCUAGAAAAACCUCGCUUGGUGGGUCUGUACCAGGCCACCUGCCUGAUCCUUCUCGAAGCCACCCAUCAGGUGGCUGGACAGCUACCACCCUACUUGCCUUUGCUGGAACAAUUGAUGAGCAUGGGAUUCCUGUUGACUGGGGCACAACUCACAAGGAUGACUGAGUCGCAGGCCAGACACAUCUCUAAAAUCUUGAGCACCACCACCAAGAAGGAAGAAUCAAUCAUGUGCUCUCAGCUUCUCAAAGGCUCCUGCUUGGUGCUUGCAGCCGAACGGGACAAUGCGGUGGUUUCCUUCACCACCUUGCUAAGCUGCAGUAGUGGUCAGAAACAGGCUGGUCUGGAGAACAUCAUCCCUCGCCUUCUUUAUCCAAAGACUGAGAAACAGGCUGAGGAGCUUCUCUGUUGGCUUUUUGACUUCCUGACCUGUGAAAGCAUCUACCAGAUUGAAAACCAAGCACCCUGACUUCAAAUCCUCUUAGCUCAGCACCGUGAGCCUGCCAAGAUCCAGCCUUCCUCCUAUAAUGGGAGAAAAGCCUUGCAUUUCUGGAAAAAAAAAAAAGUAAAUAAAUUAGCAUCACAAAUA